UCGAGUACAUGAUCCUGGCGACCAUCAUUGCCAACUGUAUCGUGCUGGCCCUGGAGCAGCACCUCCCCGAGGACGACAAGACGCCCAUGUCACGGAGAUUAGAGAAGACAGAGCCCUACUUCAUUGGGAUUUUCUGCUUCGAGGCUGGGAUUAAGAUCGUGGCCCUGGGAUUCGUUUUCCACAAGGGCUCAUACCUGCGCAACGGCUGGAAUGUCAUGGACUUCAUCGUGGUCCUCAGCGGCAUCCUCGCCACGGCCGGGACACACUUCAACACCCACGUGGACCUGCGGACGCUGCGGGCCGUGCGCGUGCUCCGGCCGCUCAAGCUCGUCUCAGGCAUUCCCAGCUUGCAGAUUGUCCUGAAAUCCAUCAUGAAGGCCAUGGUGCCUCUCCUGCAGAUCGGCCUGCUGCUCUUUUUCGCCAUCCUCAUGUUUGCCAUCAUCGGCCUGGAGUUCUACAGCGGGAAGCUGCACCGAGCCUGCUACACCAACAAUUCAGGUGAAUUAGAGGAGCUGGACCCUCCCCACCCGUGCGGGGUGCAGGGGUGCCCCCCGGGCUACGAGUGCCGCGAGUGGAUCGGUCCCAACGACGGGAUCACGCAGUUCGACAACAUCCUCUUCGCUGUGCUGACCGUCUUCCAGUGCAUCACCAUGGAAGGGUGGACCACAGUCCUGUACAAUACCAAUGAUGCCUUAGGAGCCACCUGGAACUGGCUGUACUUCAUCCCCCUCAUCAUCAUUGGAUCCUUCUUUGUCCUCAACCUUGUCCUGGGAGUGUUGUCAGGGGAGUUUGCCAAAGAGCGAGAGCGYGUGGAGAACCGCCGAGCCUUUAUGAAGCUGCGGCGCCAGCAGCAGAUUGAGCGGGAGCUCAACGGCUACCGGGCAUGGAUAGACAAAGCGGAGGAAGUCAUGCUGGCUGAAGAGAACAAAAAUUCGGGGACCUCAGCCUUAGAUGUGCUCAGGCGAGCCACCAUCAAGCGGAACCGGACGGACGCCGGUGAUGAGCACUGUGUCGACAUCUCCUCCGUGGGCGAGCGGAGGCUGGCGCAGAGAAGACCUCUUCAUCCAACCUUGGGCAACCCCUUGAGCCACUCUGGGCUCAAAGGCGCCAGGGUGGACGGAGCCUCCUACCUGCGGCACAAGGAGCGGCUCCUGCGCAUCUCCGUGCGCCACAUGGUGAAAUCCCAGGUCUUCUACUGGAUCGUCCUGAGCCUGGUGGCUCUCAACACCGCCUGCGUGGCCAUCGUCCAUCACAACCAGCCAGCCUGGCUCACCCACUUCCUCUACUAUGCAGAGUUCCUGUUUCUCGGGCUCUUCCUUCUGGAGAUGUCCUUGAAGAUGUACGGGAUGGGGCCACGCCUCUACUUCCAUUCUUCCUUCAACUGCUUCGACUGCGGGGUCACAGUGGGAAGCAUCUUCGAAGUGGUUUGGGCUAUAUUCAGACCAGGAACCUCUUUUGGGAUCAGUGUCCUGCGAGCCCUUCGUCUCCUGCGGAUAUUUAAAAUAACCAAGUACUGGGCAUCCCUGAGGAAUUUGGUGGUCUCGCUGAUGAGCUCCAUGAAAUCUAUUAUCAGCCUGCUCUUCCUCCUGUUCCUCUUCAUUGUAGUGUUUGCUCUUCUGGGAAUGCAGCUGUUUGGAGGCAGGUUUAACUUCAUGGAUGGGACUCCAUCAGCCAACUUUGACACCUUCCCUGCAGCCAUCAUGACGGUGUUCCAGAUCCUGACAGGCGAGGACUGGAAUGAGGUGAUGUACAACGGCAUUCGCUCCCAGGGAGGCGUGCGCUCGGGGAUGUGGUCCUCCAUCUACUUCAUCGUCCUCACCUURUUUGGAAACUAUACUCUGCUGAACGUCUUCUUGGCCAUCGCCGUGGACAACCUGGCCAAYGCUCAGGAGCUCACCAAGGAUGAGCAGGAGGAAGAGGAGGCCUUUAACCAGAAGCACGCCCUUCAGAAAGCCAAAGAAGUCAGCCCCAUGUCCGCCCCAAACAUGCCUGCUAUCGAGCGGGAGCGCCGCCGGCGGCACCACAUGUCGGUGUGGGAGCAGCGCACCAGCCAGCUGCGCCGCCACAUGCAGAUGUCCAGCCAGGAGGGCAUCAACAAGGACGAGCCGCCCCUCAUCAAUCCCCACGCCAGCAUCUUCCGCAGGAAGAAACCCGGGGAUGGCGUCACCCUGGAGAAAUGUGCCGAGGAGCAGGGAAAGAGCGAGCGGCCGCUGGCCGAGGGACCCGAGCAGCCGCUGCCGGGAGCCAACCCCGGCGGUGGCGAGGACAGGACAUCGCCCCGGGCCAAGCGGGACAAGGACUUGUGGCAGCAGAAAUCGUGCCAYGGGAACUGUGAGGCGGGCGAACAGGACGGAGGCAGCAUCGAGGACAGGGCCAGGAUGAGGCAGAGCCAGCGGCGCAGCCGGCACCGCAGAGCCCGCAUGGAGGGGAAGGACACGGCCAGCAUCUUGGGGAGCCGCUCGGCCAGCCAGGAGAUGGGGCUGGAGGAGGCCAGCACCGCCGAGGGGACACAGGAUGGGGACCGGCGUGGGGACGCGGCAGAGGCACUGAUUCCGGGGGAGCCCGAGGCGAGCGGAGAGUCCAUCAGGACAAACGGGGUCCCCGCCGGCGAUGCCGAUCUGAUUGGCACCAGGAAGAGGAGCCCCCCACACGCCGUGCCCGAGCUCUCGCAGGGGAAGCCGGGCACCCUGACGGAGCAGGACUGCAGCAGCCCGGACACGAGCGAGCAGGCGCUGCUGGAUCCCAGCCGGACCGUGAGCCGCAGCGAGCCCGACCUCUCGUCCAUCACCCCCAACACCGAGAAGGCCACCGAGAGCACGGCCAUCAUGAUCGAUGUGCACGACUCCGCUGUGGUACAGAUUAGCAACAAGACAGACGGCGAAGCCAGCCCCUUAAAGGAGGCUGAGACCAAAGAGGAUGAGGAGGAAAUGGAGAAGAAGAAGCGGAAGAAGGAAAAGAGCGAGACGGGCAAAGCAAUGGUGCCGCACAGCUCUAUGUUCAUCUUCAGCACCACCAACCCGGUGAGGAGGGCUUGUCACUACAUCGUGAACCUGCGCUACUUCGAGAUGUGCAUCCUCCUGGUGAUCGCCGCCAGCAGCAUCGCCCUCGCCGCCGAGGAUCCCGUCCUCACCAACUCCGACCGCAACAAAGUCCUGAGGUAUUUCGACUAUGUCUUCACUGGCGUCUUCACCUUCGAGAUGGUGAUCAAGAUGAUUGAUCAGGGCUUGAUCCUGCAGGAYGGCUCCUACUUCCGAGACCUCUGGAACAUCCUGGAUUUCAUCGUGGUGGUGGGAGCACUGGUGGCUUUUGCCUUGGCGAAUGCUUUGGGGACCAACAAGGGCCGGGAUAUCAAGACCAUCAAGUCUCUCCGUGUGCUGCGGGUCUUGAGGCCCCUAAAAACCAUCAAGAGGCUGCCCAAGCUGAAGGCGGUUUUUGACUGCGUUGUGACAUCCCUCAAGAACGUCUUCAACAUCCUCAUCGUCUACAAGCUCUUCAUGUUCAUCUUCGCCGUCAUCGCCGUGCAGCUCUUCAAGGGGAAGUUCUUCUACUGCACGGACAGCUCCAAGGACACGCAGAAGGACUGCAUAGGAAACUACGUGGACCACGAGAAGAACAAGAUGGAGGUGAAGUGCCGGGAGUGGAAGAGGCACGAGUUCCACUACGACAACAUCAUCUGGGCUCUGCUCACCCUGUUCACCGUGUCCACCGGCGAGGGGUGGCCCCAGGUGCUGCAGCACUCGGUGGACGUGACGGAGGAGGACCGCGGGCCCAGCCGCAGCAACCGCAUGGAGAUGUCCAUCUUUUAUGUCGUCUACUUUGUGGUCUUCCCUUUCUUCUUUGUCAACAUUUUCGUGGCUCUCAUCAUCAUCACGUUCCAAGAGCAAGGAGACAAAAUGAUGGAGGAGUGCAGUCUGGAGAAGAACGAGAGGGCCUGCAUUGACUUUGCCAUAAGUGCCAAGCCCCUGACGCGGUACAUGCCCCAGAACAGACACACCUUCCAGUACCGCGUCUGGCACUUCGUGGUGUCCCCGUCCUUCGAGUACACCAUCAUGGCCAUGAUAGCGCUCAACACCGUGGUGCUCAUGAUGAAGUACUACUCUGCUCCGUACACAUACGAGCUGGCCCUGAAGUACCUGAACAUCGCCUUCACCAUGGUGUUCUCCUUGGAGUGCGUCCUCAAGAUCAUCGCCUUCGGCUUCCUGAAUUAUUUCCGGGACACGUGGAACAUCUUUGACUUCAUCACGGUGAUUGGCAGCAUCACGGAAAUCAUCCUGACGGACACCAAGCUGGUGAACACCAGCAGCUUCAACAUGAGCUUCCUGAAGCUSUUCCGGGCUGCUCGGCUCAUCAAGCUGCUCCGCCAGGGUUACACCAUCCGCAUCCUGCUCUGGACGUUCGUGCAGUCCUUCAAGGCGCUCCCCUAYGUGUGCCUGCUGAUCGCCAUGCUUUUCUUCAUCUACGCCAUCAUCGGCAUGCAGGUUUUUGGCAAUAUCAAGCUAGAUGAGGAAAGCCACAUCAACCGGCACAACAACUUUCGUAGCUUCCUGGGCUCCCUCAUGCUCCUCUUCAGGAGUGCCACGGGGGAGGCGUGGCAGGAGAUCAUGCUGUCCUGCCUGGAGGGCAAAGGCUGCGAGCCGGACACAACGGCGACGUCCGGGCAGAAYGAGAACGAGCGCUGCGGCACCGACCUGGCCUAUGUCUACUUUGUGUCCUUCAUCUUCUUCUGCUCCUUCCUGAUGCUCAACCUGUUCGUGGCAGUCAUCAUGGACAACUUUGAGUAYCUGACACGGGAUUCCUCCAUCCUGGGCCCUCACCAUCUGGAUGAGUUUGUCCGGAUCUGGGCAGAGUACGACCGAGCAGCGUGUGGCCGAAUCCAUUACACUGAGAUGUAUGAAAUGCUGACUCUUAUGUCACCACCGCUAGGCCUCGGCAAGAGAUGUCCUUCCAAAGUGGCCUAUAAGAGACUGGUGCUGAUGAACAUGCCCGUGGCCGAGGACAUGACCGUCCACUUCACCUCCACCCUCAUGGCACUGAUCCGCACGGCCCUGGACAUCAAAAUUGCCAAAGGUGGUGCAGAUUGGCAGCAGUUGGACUCUGAGCUGCAAAAGGAGAUCCUGACCAUUUGGCCUCACCUGUCCCAGAAGAUGCUUGACCUGUUGGUGCCCAUGCCAAAAACCUCGGACCUGACUGUUGGGAAAAUAUAUGCAGCCAUGAUGAUCAUGGAUUACUACAAGCAGAGCAAGGCGAAGAAGCAGCGGCAGCAGCUGGAGGAGCAGAAAAAUGCCCCCAUGUUCCAGCGCAUGGAGCCAUCCUCCCUGCCACAGGAAAUCAUCUCCAAYGCCAAGGCUCUGCCAUACCUCCAGCAGGACACCCUCUCAGGCCUGAGCAGCCGAGGCGGGUUCCCCUCGCUGAGCCCACUCUCACCACAGGAGAUCUUCCAGCUGGCGUGCAUGGAUCCGGCCCAGGAGCAGUACCAGGAGCACCAGUCUCUGGAGCCAGAGGUUAGGGAGUUUCAAAGAGUGCAGCCCUCUAACCGUGGCAGCUACCUUCCCGUGGACACUCAGGACCACGCUGUCUCUGGGAGGGCCUCCUCCAUGCCUCGUCUCACUGUGGAUCCCCAGGUGGUGACAGACACCAGCUCCAUGCGGAGAUCAUUCUCCACCAUCCGGGACAAGCGGCCCAACAGCUCCUGGCUGGAUGAGUUCUCCAUGGAGCGCAGCAGUGAGAACACCUACAAGUCCCGCCGGCGCAGCUACCACUCCUCGCUCCAGCUGUCCGCCCGGCGCCUCAACGCCGACUCGGGCCACCGGUCUGAGGGGCACCGCUCGGGCCGGGAGCGGGGCCGAUCCAAAGAGCGCAAGCACCUGCUGUCCCCCGACAUCUCUCGCUGCAACUCCGAGGAGAGGAGUCCCCAGGCACAGGAGGAGUCACCGGAGCGGCGGCGCGAGUCCCGGUCACCCAGUGAGGGCAGGUCACAGACACCCAGCAGGCAGGUGUCCCAGAUCCACAAGCCUGGAGAUGCCAGUGCUUGA